AUGUCCGGCAUUCGCUCUCCUACUUCGAUUCAUCCUGCCCUUACUAAGCCUAACGAUCCCCCACAACCUCCUCAAACGGUAUUCGAUGAAGCUGUUACACCUUCAGCUACGGCACAAUCUUUUUUUGGAUCUAAUGGCAUGAACUUAAAAGUUAAGGCCGGGGACAAUCUCCGACACGACCAGGGCGUACAAGUUGCUUCUCUAAAUGCCAUCAAGACCAACUUUUCAGACAAUGAUCUAUCAGAGUCAUCGACUGACGCAUCUACAACAUUUUCUGCUGCAACAACUGUAGGAAGUGACUGGGCUUCUGUUCCUUCAUCACCGGUAUUUCCUACUCGCGCUUCCAAAACUUUUCAUAAUCACAGCAAAAACGCUCUGUCCGUUGACGCCGUACCCCGCCAGACUGUUAUGAAAGCAUUGGCGUCUUCAAGAAGAGAACAUAAUCCACAAGACCUUUCUUUAGCAAAUAUGAGAUCACCACUCACCGAGAGACCGGGUACUGCCUCGUCGCAGAAACUCAAUGCCGCCUUGUCGGACUUGGUACAGCGAAACACUCCUGCCACGGCUCGAUUUCCCUCUUUGCAGUCCCCAUGCUUUUACCAUCAACGAUUCGACGAUGCAGUUAAUAUCGAAAAGGUUCUCGAAGAGAUUAAUGGAGACGAAUUCAUGUCACAUUCUCGACUCAUGGCAACGGCUACUGGUGUGCGAGAAGUUUCUAAGCAAUUACAAAGACGUCCAAUCAAGAGAGCUGUGCGCAACGUUAUGAUUGUCACAAAGGCUAGAGAUAAUCAGUUGGUUAAUCUGACCAAGGAUUUGGCACUUUGGCUUAUGAGCACUCCACGAUAUGGCUCAGACCUUGGUGUUAAUGUUUAUGUUGAUGCGAAACUUCGCAACUCGAAGCGUUUUGGAGCAGCAGCAUUGAUUGAGUCGCAACCACGAUUUCAACAUCUCUUGAGAUAUUGGUCACCAGAUCUUUGUUGGAGCCAACCGGAGAAAUUUGAUCUUGUCCUCACUCUUGGUGGUGAUGGUACUGUUUUAUUUACUUCUUGGCUCUUUCAGCGUGUUGUCCCUCCGAUUUUAUCGUUCAGUCUGGGUAGUUUAGGCUUCUUGACUGGAUUCGAAUAUGAUCGAUUCAAAGAACAUUUAAAUAAGGUUAUGGGAGAGGAAGGUAUGCGGGUUAACCUUCGCAUGCGCUUCACAUGUACGAUUUAUCGAGACGGAAAGGAACAGGGUCACGAGGCGUUAGAAGGUGAACAGUUUGAAGUUCUUAAUGAACUCGUUAUUGAUCGUGGACCAUCCUCUUACAUCUCUAACCUCGAGUUAUAUGGAGACAAUGAACUCUUGACUGUUGUUCAAGCCGAUGGAUGUAUCUUCUCAACCCCUACUGGCUCAACCGCAUACUCAUUAUCUGCUGGUGGCUCAUUGGUCCAUCCAGAUAUUCCUGCCAUUCUCCUCACGCCAAUUUGCCCUCAUACUCUUUCCUUCCGCCCAAUGAUUCUCUCGGAUUCACUCUUACUUCGAGUAUCCAUUCCACGUAACUCCAGAGCUACCGCUUAUUGCUCAUUCGAUGGGAAAGGUCGUGUUGAGUUGAAGCAAGGUGAUCAUGUCACCAUUGCCGCUUCACAAUAUCCAUUCCCAACUGUCGUUAGCUCUCCCUCAGAGUGGUUCGAUAGUGUAUCCAGAACUCUUAGAUGGAACACUCGCGGUGCCAUGCAAAAAGCUUGGGAUGGUACUGAAGAUAACAAAGAAGAGGAAGCUGAAUGGGAUAUUGAUACUGAUUCGGCUUGUUAUGGAAGCGAAGAAAGUAGUCUUAGUGCAAGUCCACUAAGAAGACAAAUGAGCAUGCUUGGCAUGUAA